AUGGCGACUAGGUCAAGAUUGGCGGUCUUGCUCCUGUUGACAACCCUAGCUAUGGCCAUGGUAGCAGAGUCGUCGUUCUCACACUUGGACUCUACCACCAUAGCCUUUGUCCAAGGGAGCAAUGACAAUAUUGAACAUGUUGGAGACAUGUUGUACGAGGAUGAAGAGAUGAUGAUGCCAUCCGAAUCAGCUCGGAGAACACUCAACACACACGAUCACAUCGCGUAUAGAGCGAUGAGGGCGAAUCAAAUCCCAUGCAACCAACGCGGUGCAUCUUAUUACCACUGCAACCGCAUGUCGAAGAUUAAUCCUUAUAGACGUGGUUGUCAAAGAAUAACUAAUUGUGCGCGCAGAAAUAGUUAA